CGUAAAUCGUGAGAAUUUCACAGGGCCCACAUACCAUCGAUGAAGAACUCUGUAUCGGGCGAUUCGUUGUCUCUCAAACGGCCCAAAGCCGCGGCCCUGGCUGGGUCCUUCACAGUCUGCAACUGGAAAUAGACAAGGACCGAACGGGAUUGAAUGAUUCGCCACGCCUUUGGACUCCUGCUGCUUUUGUCUUAGAGGGAAAUUGGCAGUUGGUUCUGAUACGUUCAGAACCCUUGCUUGUUGGAAGCAGGCUGUUCCGAGUCCCCACGAGCAAACCGAAUCCUUGCCACCAACAUUGCCAACAUGCAUAAUUGUCUCCAUUCUAGAAGAGGGGUAGCAUUCGUUGGUUUCACAGAGAGGAUAAAUGAUGGUUCGUGCCGUCGCGCGUCGCUCGUCACUUUCCAAAUCUUGACGAGCUUCAGACAGUGAGCGCCGCAGACUGAAUCGAUCACCCACUGGCCUUACACUCUGCGCAAUUGUAUCAGAACUCAUCUGUCGUGAUGUCUGAGAAUCCUACCAGUCCCGUGCCUCCGGCGCCUACUGAUGGGCUCAGCCCGACCAACCCUACGCCUGCGGAUGGCCCCGUUGUAGCACCAGAUGAUGAUCUCACCGAUGACACCUCGUCGGACAGAGCAACUAGCAUUGCGUCUUCCAGCACGAGUCUAGCCAGCUCUAUUCUGCAACAUCGCAUCGAGAACGGGCGGACGUAUCACAAGUACAAGGAUGGCAAAUACCACUACCCUAACGACGAGAAGGAGAACGACAGACUCGAUCUUCAACACAACAUUUACCUACUCAGCCUCAACUACAAGUUAGGCCUGGCCCCUCCCAACGACAACCUCAAGGCUCAGCGUGUCCUCGACGUAGGAACCGGAACCGGAUUGUGGGCUAUUGAUUUCGGUGAUGAGCAUCCCGAAGCCGAGGUGGUUGGAGUUGACCUCACUCCAGUGCCAACUGCAUUUGUUCCGCCCAACGUCAAAUUCGAGGUCGAUGACAUCGAGGAGCCCUGGACGUACAGCCAACCUUUCGACUACAUCCACAUUCGCGGGAUGACCUCGAGUAUUAGUGAUUGGAAAAAGUUUUUCGAGAAGGCUUACAAUCAUCUGACCCCUGGCGGCUACAUCGAGCUGUUUGAGGGCCACAUGAGGCCCGACUGCGACGAUGGUACAUUGACAUCGGAGAACGCCCUCAUCAAGUGGGUAGACAAGAUCGAAGAGGCCUCCAAGAUCUUUGGCCGCCCUUACAUCGACGUUCCAGGCCUGGUACCUCUCCUCAAGGAGACCGGCUUUAUCGAUGUGGAGGUAGUCAAGUAUAAAUGGCCCGUCAGCCCCUGGGCAAAGGACCCAUACUACAAGGAGCUUGGCGAGUGGUGCCUCGAGAACUUUAUGGAGGGUCUCGAAGGCUGGAGCUUGGCUGCCUUCACGAGAGCCCUCAAUUGGACCAAGGAGGAGGUUCAGAUCUUCCUCAUUCAAGUCAGAAAUGAAUUGAAGGACAGAAGGAUACACGCAUACUCGUCUCUGUAA